GCAAUUAAUGAUAAAAGGGCCAUCGUCCAUCAAUGACAUUUAAAAAGUAAUGAAACAGCCAGCGUGGAAUUCGCUAAUAUAAUGAUAAAUCCAUAAUAUGGAGAUGAAUACUUGUAAGGUUUCUAUUAGGCAAAUUGCCUUCGACAUCAAACAAAAUUUCUCAUCAUCCACGAGCCCCGACAUUCUAUUUCCGACAUUGUCGAUUAUAUUUAUCAUAUCGCCGAGAGCUCACGUCAUUAAACAGAUGGCGAUCAGCCGAACGACGACGUUUGCGCGAAAUAGCGCGAGCCCUUGGUGACUCUGCGCCGCGAUUCCCGCGUAUUGAAAAACAAAUCGACGACGCCGCUUACGAGAAUGUAAACACGGCUAUUUCCCAACGCGGCUCGGCCUACUUGUUAAAAGAUGGGCGCGCGCCGAGCUCCCGGCAACUCGGCCCGCGUACUACAGCCACCAAGGAUCAUGGAGUGCCGCGGCAGCGGAGUCCUGCUCAUCACCCUCGUAAUCCUCGUCCUCGGGGCGACGCUGCUCCCCGAGCCCUGCGACGCCGCGCCACGACGUCGAAGGAACCCCGCACCACAGCCCCGCUGUCCGAACUGCGCGCGCGACUGCCCGCAGAACCUCGCCGGCGACUCCAUGUGUUGGGCGAGGCGUCAGAAAUUAUGUAGGGUUAGUGACGAUGUGUUGAAGGUCAUCAACACUAUUUUCGGAAUCGGGAAAUAUUUGCUUGGAUCAGAGAUAAACGAAGACUAUCAAUCGCUGUCCGCUGGGCACUACUCACCCCCUGUCUCUCAGCCGGCCUACGAAACGCUCCAACCCUCGGCGGUCUACAGUCCCCCCCAACUCAUACCCUCCUAUCAAUCGCCUCAGAUCGUACCAUCUUACAGCUCCCAAUUGCCAGUCGCGGUAUCCUCCUACACUCCCCCGUUGCCUACGCCCUCGUACGAUCCACGUCUUCCUGCGCAGCCGUGCAGCUCGCCGCAGGUCCCGAGCCCAUCCCCCGAGGUGCCUUGCUACGACUGCUCUCCCCCCUCGGCUCCGGCCAGUUUCAACCUCCUGCCCAAGUCGCAGAGCCGCUACGAGACCUGGCGCCGCUCCCUCGGCAAAUACAAUCGCAGCCCCUACGCUGUCCAAAACUACCGACCGCGCUUUUACUCCCAGGGGGCCCAGGCCUUGCCACUUACCGCCACCGACUACGACUGCGAGUGCGGCUGCGAGCCCAAGUUCCAGCUCGACGACUCUCAGGACCUCGACGAAGAUGCCUCCUACGACACUUACAACAGGCGCUCGUCCGAGGCUGAGGCGCCCAGAGUCAGCAGACAUUACAGCCACCACGCACAGCACGCGGAGCCGCCGAGUCUAUCGACAAACAUGUACAAGACUUACGUGCCCUACGUCAGGGAGGAGACACCUGCCGAUCCCGACGAGAGCGAGCGCCGGGGUCGCGAAAGGCUGUACGUGGUGUACCGGGCGGACGCUACAAAGCCGGAAGAGCCGUUGGACGAGAAUCAGAUCUCCGAGCGCGAGCUCGAAACUGUGAUACGUAAGGCGAUAGAGAUCGCGCGCCAGCAGCGCAACCACGACAAUGCUCUCGAGAAACGUACCAAACAUCAGCAUCAUCAUCAUCAUCAUUAUCAACAGCAGCAACAACAACUACAACUACAACAAUACCAAAAACGACAAUACUCGCAGAUUCAGGACGCUGAUACUCAGCAGUCCCAGCACCAGCGAGUGGACGAGGGACCGUACGCACUGCGCGAGGAUAUCGAUGAGAGUCGAAAUCCCGGCCUCGAUCAGAACAAGUGGGUGGCCAUCAAGUCCGUGCCCAGGAGCGACAUUCUCGAGGAUGUGAACGAGGAGACGAAGCUCGCGGAGGGACGGAGACCAGCGGUGGUGGACCUCGUCGACGACAUUCAACCGCCCCGGACGGUCACGGAGCCAGCAGUAGCCGAUAUUGGCCCUGCCAAGGAGGCGCCUAUCAAGAAGUCCUAGUGCUGAGCGACAACGAGGCACGAGCGGAUUUUCGAUCGUGUAAAAGUGUGUAAAGGU